GCAUCUCUCUAUCAGUGCUCUCAAACAGGAUCAAACAACUCAUUGCAAUGCUGAACAGAUGUCAAUUCGCUAGCAUAAGAAUUGUGCCGACAUCGAUAUUGAUAAAGCUAAACACAUUCCUUUUUCACGGUUUUCAAUUAACUCUUAACCUCAAUCAGUUGAAUGUCGAAAUUCGUCAAUUUAUAAAUAGGCGAUAUCAUCAUACCAAAUGGCUCGAGCACAUUUUUGAAGUAUUUAUUCAAAACAAAAGCGUAUCUUUGGAAUUCUUUGAUUCAUCGUUCCGGUCCUUGGAAAUUGUUAAAGGACUAAAAGUAGUCAGUCUUGCAAUUAGCUGUAAAGACAUUGAAAAUUAUCAACUGUUUAAAAUGUUUCCCUGCCUAGAAAAUUUGGUUGUUUUAGAUGGUCCAAUUUCUAUUCCUAACCUCACUCAAACCUUUAAAAGACUACAACUAACUAUUGGAAAAGUGACCCUUGACAAUUUAUUUAUGCUUAAUUGUUCACAGCUCUUCGUAAACUAUCGCACUUUUUCCAACAAAGUUCUGAACAUUUUUGUAAGACAAUGGGUAGGAGGAUCUAAUCCCAGUCUUAAAUCAAUCACUAUCAGUUUUCCGCACAUUAAUAUAAACCGUUUCGAUGAAUGCACACUUUUUAAAGAAAUCGAGUACACUCGUAUUACAAAAGAAAUAGAUCAACCCAUAAAAGAUAGUUUCAUGAUUGAGAGACACGAUGGAACCAUCGCGAACAUAAUGUUUUAUCCAACAACUCGUUUUUAUUUUACUCUUGUCGUUGGUGAAUACGAAUGGAUUGGAUACGAUACGAACAUGUGGAUGUAG